AUGGCAUCCAAGAGUUCCACAAGAGACGAGCAUCGUCUUUCCUUUGCAAAGGUAGGUGCUGCGUUGCUGGUCGGCCAACGGCGGGCUCUUGCUGACCCGCUUGAGCAGAUUGCGGCCAUGCCUCCGCCAUCAAAUCCGGAAGCCCCCGUAUCAUCUGACGAAUUGAACGGCCCACAGUCCGUCGACAACCCAUCAUCAUGUUCCGAACAACGUGGCUCGGAAAAUGUCCCCUCCAACCAGGGAGAUCCGACCCCUGUCCGAAACGAGGCUGCCGCUGAUGAUCGAAACGUCGACAGUUUAUCUCAGGCCGUGCAUGGUGUCAGCAUCGAUGACAGAAAGUACCACGACGGUCCUGUGUUCUCCACUGAGGCUGCAGACAACGGUUCUCUGAAACGAGAGAACUCGUUUGAGGACGAUCGUACCCAUCUUUCCAACUCCUCUACCAAGCCCACGAGCUUCGACUCUAAGAGCAUGGCUUCUGUGACGACAUUCGCAAUGGACGAAAAAGAUUCUUUGCGUCCGGAUGACAGUGCGAGCGUUCAGGCUAUUGAUGAGGAGGAGUCUCUAUCUGGGCACGCUUCCGGUGCCCCCAAUUCAUUGACAGGGUCAGAGUCAGGUGCCCGCGGAUUCAUACAGAGACCUCGGGGAAUCCUCCAGCCGACGGUACCUAUCUUCAAUGAUGGUAUACAGCGCACGAAUGGUGCCAUGCUGCCAGACACUGUCGCCAACAAUUACGCGAACGCCGAUGCUUUCCAAGCAGGACGGCCUAUACAUGGGUUCCCGUCAGAGCCCGACGAGAAACUCCUCGAGGCUAUGAAGUCCCCCAAAGACCGCCUCUUGAUUCUUCAACUGGAAGAAAAGGUCCGAUACUUUAUACAAAAUUCUAAGGAGCACUCUUUGGAACUCCCGCCUUCGAACGCUUUUGGGCGGCUCCUUGCACACAAGCUGGGCGAUUACUACCAUCUGACGCACUUCGUUGACAAUAACGUCACGUCCGUCCGGCUUCACCGGACGCCUUUUUGUCGGCUCCCCACGCCUCUCUCAGUUCUCCACGCUGCGACUAAUAGUACUCCGCCUCCCGCCAUGCCUGCCAUGAAGAUCAUGCGCCGUACUGAUAGUGAGCGGCCUUCCACCGAGGGUAGCAUCGCGGCAAGCUCCUCCGCUCCGUCUAAGAACGGGUCCGAAGCGGGGGACAGUGGAAAUGACGGGGAAAGGGGAUCUACCCCGGCAAAGGACAGGUUGACCUUGACCCGCGAAGAGAGGGAAGCCAAGUACCAGGAAGCUAGGGAGCGGAUUUUCCGUGAUUUUACCGAGUCGAAAAGUUCCGAGAACGCCAAUGGCGAUUCCGGUACCAAUAUGUCACGCUCGAGCUCAACAAGUGGACGCAAAAAGGCGCACCGACAGAAAACUCCUCACGAUGACAGUUUUGAGGUUCGAUCUCAGUUCAACGCGUAUUAUCCAGGAAUGCCUUAUGCCAACGGACCCAUGCCCUACGGCAUGCCUGUCAAUGACCCGUCUUUUCCAACCCAACCUUGCAUGGUGGGACCCGGUGUGUCGCCCCCUACUAUGGGCUACGGUCAUGGUGGCCAGGCUAGUCCAAUGUAUUCUGGGCCCGUGAACUUGAAUGCUAUGCCGCAUUAUUCGAUGCCUGUGUCGCCUCAGAUGACUCCUAGUGGCCCAUGGCAGAAUGGCCCUGUGCCACAACAGUCCCCCUACUCUGGUUAUGCGACCAUCAACCAGUCGCCCGCGAUGGCAUCCACUAAGUCGUCUCCUGCAUUGGGCAGUUAUCCUAUGCCAAACUCCGUCCAAUAUCAACCCAAUCCUGGUUGGUCCACGCCACCUUAUGCCGGCGGCUAUCCACAACCAUCACAUCGCAAUCCUCCCCCAUCGGGAUGGGCCGGCUAUCAAACGCAGCCUCCUACACCAACUUCUUAUCCUUAUGCUCAGUAUCCCGGACAGCCCAUGAGUCCGGGCAUGCAGGGUCACGGCGGUGCUCACCCUUUGCCCGGAAGCUUCAAUAGGUCGCCUUUCAAUCCACAGACCCGCUCGUUUGUCCCUGGUGGUGCGGCGUUAGCACGGCACCCCAGCAAGGGCAACCAGCAUGGUAUGAACCCAUAUCCCGGUAUGCAACCGGGUAUGCAGCCCCAGUGGUCCGGAUUUCAAGAUAUGAACAGCAAGGCUCAAGACAUGCCUGGUUCAGUUGGACAUGGCCCGACCCGCGGUGGGCCUUCGGGAAGCAGAGACUCUAUUGCGAAAUGGGGGACACCGUCACACCUGCCACCCAAGCCACCACCGUCCGAGGUGCCUUCUGACUUUGACUUGAAACCGCGCAGUGGGCCCAGCUCGACGCAUCCUUACUCAGGCAACACGCUCCCCGCCACCAAGAACGGGCCGCUUGUUGUUUCUGGCGGAGCAAGUCUGCCACGGGUAAAUUAA